AUGUUGCCUGAUAUGUUGGGUCGAAUAACCAACGGAACUGACGCGCUGGCCGAUUAUGCUGUCCUCGCUUCAGAGAGAGAAAAUCGAAUGCCAAGAACCUUCACAGAUGACUCGGGACGUCAUAAGUGGCAUCAAUUUGCCAACAGGCAAAAGCACGGAGAUCCCUACGCGGAUUCGGGGGUGACUCAGUAUAGCACCCUGCCCAGGCUGCGACUUAAGACGCAAUGCAGUGCCACUUUGAAGAAGGCAGCAGAAGGCAGCGAGGCUGAGAUCGUUGCGCGUGCGCGGCCCGUGUAUACCUUCGCUUGUCGUGAUGAAGAGGUGGAUGGAAACGUAAGGUAUGUAAUAAAAUGGAUGUUGAGCCUUGUCAGGUUAUACGAAGUAAGCAUGGAGUGCCGGUCCCCCGAGUUCUCCGAGAACUUGGCAACUGUGGAAGGAGAAUCUGACCCGAUGAUCAAUCUCGACAUCUGCAGGACUAAGUGUGCGGCACGCUCCGACUGGAAGAUCGUAGUGGUAGCCGUGCAGAUAGAUAGUCGCAGCCAUGCACAACCCGGCUGCGCUAUCUGAGUGACGUAGCGGGAAAACG